AUGCCUGGCCACGGAGCCGUCUCCUUGGUCAUCAGCGGGCCGGGCGCCGGUCAGCGGGGUCCCCGGGAGCAUCUGAUGGGACAGGGCAUCUGCCGGGAGCUCGGCGCCCAGCACAGCCCCGAGAGCAGGUGUGAGGGCUCCUGCGGGCGGUGCGCCUGCGGCUGUGGAGCUGGGGAUGGAGACAGCCGUCUGGAGAGGUUCGGGAGCUUUUUUCAAAAGUGGGUUCUGAGAAGGGAACCUGCGGGCAACGGAGAAGCGAGAGUAAGACUGCUACUGAUCACGGUGCUGGUGGUGGAGGGGAUCGCCGUGGCCCAGAAGCCCCCAGACGGACAGAACGUUGGGGUCAGGCACGUGGCUGGCACCCAGUGCGGCAUCUGGGUUCGAACCAGCAAUGGAGGCCACUUCGCCUCACCGAGCUACCCGGACCCGUACCCGCCCAACAAGGAGUGCAUCUACGUUUUGGAAGCGGCGCCCCGGCAGAGGAUCGAGCUGGCCUUCGAGGAGCACUUCUACCUCGAGCCCUCGUUCGAGUGCCGCUUUGACCACCUGGAGGUUCGCGACGGGCCCUUCGGCUUCUCUCCGCUCAUCGAGCGCUUCUGCGGCGUGAAGAGCCCUCCGCUGAUCCGAUCCACGGGGCGCUUCAUGUGGGUCAAGUUCAGUUCCGACGAAGAACUGGAAGGAAUGGGAUUCCGGGCCAAGUACUCGUUUAUUCCAGAUCCAGAGUUUACUUACCUCGGAGACUGCCAGUUCGAGCUCUCGGGGGCCGACGGCGUCGUGCGUUCCAGCCAGGUGGAGCAGGAGGAGAAGACGAAGCCCGGCCAGGCGGUGGACUGCAUCUGGACCAUCCGGGCCACCCCGAGGGCCAAGAUCUACCUGCGGUUCCUGGAUUACCAGAUGGAGCAUUCCAACGAGUGCAAGAGGAACUUCGUCGCCGUCUACGACGGGAGCAGUGCGAUCGAGAACCUCAAGGCCAAGUUCUGCAGCACGGUGGCCAACGACGUCAUGCUCAAGACCGGCGUGGGGGUGGUCCGCAUGUGGGCGGACGAGGGCAGCCGGCUCAGCAGGUUCCGGAUGCUCUUCACGUCCUUCGUGGAGCCUCCCUGCACCGGCAGCACCUUCUUCUGCCACAGCAACAUGUGCAUCAACAACUCGCUGGUCUGCAACGGCGUUCAGAACUGUGCGUACCCCUGGGACGAGAAUCACUGCAAAGGUGAGUCGGAGCGAGGCCCACCUUCCCGGGAGGAGUGGCCAUCGCCGUCCAUUAAAUGGGUGUUUAUUGCUUUUUGGGGAGAG